CUUCUCUAAUCAACUUUGCUUCUUGCAGGCCAUUCAGAAACAACACCUAGUAAUGGAGCGCAUCCAUAGACUUCGGCAAAAGGCCAAUGACACAGCCAGCCAAGUCCAGAGCCUCCAAGCCGAGCUCGGCCGGGCAAAGUCUUCACUUGAGAUGGCUAAUGCAGACAACAACAGACUGCUCGGUCGGCUGGAUGCGGUCGAGAAAAAACAGGAUGAGCUCCAGACCGAGCUAAACGCGCUCAAAAAGUCGCGGAAGAAAGACUGCCGGGAUGCUAACAACGCCGGCUUCAACGAAGCCGAGGAGAGCUAUAAGAAACAAGUCUUUGCAACACAAGACAUUUACUUCAAAGCUGGCUGGAAGUCCGCCUGCGAGCA